CCCCCUCUCUCUGUUUCUUAAACGUUUCCCUUGUCUCCGAGAGAGAGAAAAAAAACUCUCUCCUGCCUUGCUCGAGAUCUUCCCUGGCGGCGACGCCUGGGCGAGCGGCGGCCCAGCCCUUUGCCGGCGACGAGCGCAUCCUCCAGGAUUGCAUGCAUGGAUCAUAUAGCAGCUCUUUGAGCCUCCAAGAUGUCACAGUUGAUGAUGAACAAUCGGCUCUUGAUAACACCAGCAGGCCAUCUAGUCCUUUUGAUAUCCUCACUCCUCAAGAUGUUCUCCCUAUUGAAAUGGCAAGGUCUAGGUUCUUGGACCUCAUUGUUGAUUAUUUUAUAAGGGAGCAUGUUGUUGAGAUGGUGGAAUGCUCUGGCUUGGAAUGUAGCCAGGUCGAUGAUAAAUCAAGCAAAAGAAAGCAACAGGGGGUUCGAUAUGAGGGUGACCCUAGGCUUGCUUUGCCAUUGAUGUAUAUAGCAAACUUGUACGAAACCUUGGUAAGUGAUGUCAAUGUGCGUCUUGCGUCGUUGAUUGGGUUCCGUGACAAGACUAUAGGGCUAGCUCUUGAAGCUUCUGGUGGCUUGUACAGGAAACUGACUCAAAGGUUCCCGAAGAAAGGCACUUGCAGCUUCAAGAGGAGGGAGUUAGCAACUUCGCAUGCAACUAGGACAAAGUUUCCUGAACUUGUGAUACAAGAUGAAAAAAGAGUUCGUUUUGUUGUAAUUAAUGGACUGGCGAUCAUAGAGAGACCAGACAAUAUGAGAAUGGAGGAUGCAGAAUGGUUCAAAAGAUUGACUGGUCGGAGUGAAGUUGCUAUUUCUUCAAGAGAUUAUAAAUUCUAUUCACCCCGUCAUAAGUUCAGGCGCUCUCCGCAGGCAGCAUUUGACAUCCCUGAGACAAGAGCUUUGGCAGAGGAUGAGAACUCAACGUUGGUUUGUUCUUCAGGAUUCCGCCCACCAAAUGAGAUACAAGAUCAGCAUCAGUCAACUUCAAAGAGACAUAUUGAACAGCUAGAAAGUCAACCUUAUUUACACCUUUUCCAUCAAGCAGAGGAUGAUACCAUUCAGCAAGUUCAACAUUGUACCCAGUUCCCUCCCAUUCAUGAAUGCACAAGCGCCCCACAUCUAUCAGAUAACCCCCAACACCAGCAGCAGGCUUAUCUAUCUCAGCAUAUAUCCUGCUUGCAAGUUGGACAAGGUCAUCAUGGAGGACGCAUGCAUAUUAUUCCAACCAGCCCUGCGAAGUUCUGUGAUGAGUGUGGUUCCCCGUAUUUAAGGGCAACAUCGAAAUUCUGCUCAGAGUGUGGCACCAAGAGGCUAGGGAUGUGACUGCCUUGAUCAAUGUGUAUAUAGAUCUGUUAGUGUUGUAUUCUCUGUUUGCUGAAGUUAGUGCAUCUUUGAAGUAGGCUCCUUUUCGGGAACUGAAGUUGAAACAAUUCGCUGUUUUUUUUUUCAUGCCUUGUAUAAGAACACUGGAUUGUUUGGUUCUCCACCGUACCGUUUAAUCCUAACUUUGCGUCGACA